AUGUAUAAUCUAAAAACGAACGAAGUAUUGCCUUAUGUAUCACCUACCUCCUCCUGGCCGCCGCCCACCGAAUUCACCUCACAUCCCAUCCGAACGCGCUCCCUUCAACUCGACUCGACUCGACUGCGGCUCGGUGGUCCAGGUCCAGUUCAUCGUCGAUGUCCACAGUGGCCUGCACCCAACAGAGACGACACCGAUUCGUUGACAAAUACCGCAACCACGGCGUCUCCAGUGGCCAUGACGCAACAUCACAGCGACGCGUCCAGCGACCGGUCCGAGGUAUCCGUCACACCGCCGCCGCCGGUCUCUAAAAUGCUGGAAUUCGCCACGCACCAGAACCUCGGCUUUUUGAAUCUCGAACACAGAAAUAUGCUGGCCGCUCCGCUGGCCGCCCUGCACUCCAUGACCGAGAUGAAGCACCACCACCAGACUCACCUCAAUUCGGAGCACCUCCACGUCCAAGAUAAGAGCGACGCGGACGUCUUGCUAGAACGUACAAGUUUGCACGUAGAACGAUCCGGCUUGACGUCCCGCAGCCCUUUGGGGGCGACGAGCAACAGCAACAGCUCGCAGGGGGCCAAUCCGCACGGGAUUGAUCACAUCCUGUCCAGGCCUAGCCAGAUUACGACCGGUGCUUUGCACUUUUCGCAUAAUCUCGGUUUCGCGCAAAAUACUCUUGGUAUGGCGUCAAACAGCGCUCAAAGUGCUUCGAAUUCCGGAUUGAGGGGUUUCAACAUUGCCGCCGCUGCCUUUUUCCAUCAUCACGCCGCCAAUUCGGUCAGCAAGCCCACCGUCGAGCUCGGAAGGGGCGCCAGCGGACUUUACUGGCCCGGCAUACAGGGACUCAAUCCCAUUAGUUGGAGGGAAAGGCUUUCUACCAUGAAUCAGAGUAAUAUGGGCGGAAUGGGUGGUGACAAGGACGCGAAGAAAAAGCACACGAGGCCUACAUUUUCCGGCCAGCAGAUUUUCGCGCUGGAAAAAACCUUCGAACAAACCAAGUAUUUGGCUGGACCCGAACGAGCAAAACUAGCGUAUGCCUUAGGAAUGACUGAAUCACAAGUUAAGCUGUAG